AUGGAGGCCCUGGGCCUCUAUGACAACAGUGCGAUUUCCAUACCUGUUCAGGAGGACUGGGACAUCUGCAAAUACCAUAUCAACUCCACAGUGACCGACGGCUAUGCCAUCACUAUCAUCACCAGCCGCGUGGUCAAUCGCAGGGAUCAGCCAACGGAAAUAGAAUUCCACGUCAAGAUUCCAAAGAACGCCUUCAUUAGUCAAUUCAAAAUGUCGAUCGAGGGUCAGAUGUACGACGGAGUGGUAAAGGCCAAGGAAGAGGCUCAGCAGCAGUACAGUGAGGCAAUGUCCCGUGGUCAGAGCGCUGGGCUCGUCAGUUCUGUUGGGAGAUCCCUCGAGGAGUUUACGACCUCUGUCACUGUGGCUGCUCACCAAAAAGUGACCUUCGAGCUCACCCAUGAGGAGCUGCUGAAGAGGAGGCUUGGGCAGUAUGAGCUCCAGAUCUACGCUCGGCCCAUGCAGCCGGUCAAUGAUUUCAAGAUUGAUGUUAGCAUCUAUGAACAACCAGACAUAGUGUUCUCAGUGGUUAAAGGAGGAUUAAAUCACCCUAAUCUUGCUACCAUCGGUGCCGCAGAAAGUCAAAAUCAGUUGGAUGUCCAUUUCCACCCAACAGUGGAGCAGCAGACCCUUUGCGGGGCCUGUGGAGAUGACGGUUUGAACGGAGAUUUGGUGAUUGUAUAUGAUGUCUUCAGGGAUGACACCCUGGGACACCUCAAGGAAUCGGACGGGUUUUUUGUCCAUCACUUUGCUCCAACUGGAUUGGCCCGCAUUUCAAAGAACGUCAUCUUCGUUAUCGAUCAAAGUGGCUCAAUGCAUGGCAGGAAGAUGCGCCAGACUCGUGCUGCAUUAGUUCAUAUCCUUGCAGACCUGGCGACGGAUGACUAUUUUGGUUUGAUCACUUUCAACCACGCCGUCCAUCCAUGGAAGAGGGAACUUGUCCAGGCUAACGAACACAAUGUUGGUAUUGCAAAAGAGUUUGCACGAACAAUCGAAGAUAGCGGAUUGACGGACAUUAAUUCCGCCUUGUUGGAAGGUGCAAAAAUGCUAAAUCAGAACCCCCGAGAUGGUUCAGCAUCUAUUCUUAUUCUGCUCACCGAUGGAGACCCUACCACCGGGGAAACAAAUCCUGUAAAAAUACAGAAGAAUGUGAUGCGGGCCAUCAAUAAGAAGUUUCCAUUGUACUGUCUUGGUUUUGGUCAUGAUGUCAAUUUUGAAUUCCUGGAGAAAAUGUCCCUAGAAAACAGCGGAGUAGCGCGACGCAUCUACGAUGACGCUGAUGCCGAUCUUCAGCUGAAGGGUUUCUAUGCAGAGGUGGCUACUCCUCUGUUAACCAACGUGAUGUUGAUCUAUGAAGGCGGGGCUAAUCUCACACAGACUAAUUUCAGCCACUAUUACAACGGCUCUGAGAUUGUUGUCGCUGGCCAGAUCACCGACAACAAUAUUGAAACCUUCUCUCCACGGGUUGUAGCCAUCUCGGGAAACAAACAUGUGGAAUUUUCUGAAACAAAUUCCAGUACUGUAAUGACAGCAUCUAUGUCAGAGAGCAACACCAGAAGGCUUUGGGCCUACCUGACAGUAAAGCAGCUCCUGGAUAAAGAGUUACAGCUAGAUGGUGAGGAAAAGGAACGGGCCAAACAGGAGGUGCUUGAACUGUCUCUGAAGUACCGAUUUGUGACUCCACACACCUCCAUGGUGGUGACAAAACCUCCCGGAGAGAACGCACAAGUGCUCCAUAAACCCAAGGAAGGAGAAAAGCAUCCAUCGCCUCAAGGGGGAUCUUUUGGAAUUGUUCAGUCCUCAGCGGAUUACGAUGAUCCCUCUGCCACAGCUGGAAGAUUACAUGGAGGGGGGCAUUUUCUUCAUCACUACAUUAUGCAUUCGUCUUCCAGAGGUGCAGGAUGGGGGCAUGUUCAUGAUCAAGACAGUAUGGAUAGCGUUUCUAUAACGACUGUUCUCCAGAUGUUUGUGCGAAAAACAGUCAAUGGGAGCUUGCCACUGUGUUACGAUCUCAACGAAUUAAGGCCUCUUAAACUACUGCACAAUCCCAACAGAGAGCUCUCUAUCAAUGGUCAACUGGAGUCAUUUCCCAACGUUGGCUUCAAAAGGCUUGUUAUCCACAACCAAAACCAACGUAUUGACAUCAACCAGCGUCAUAUAUGCGUGAACGAUGGACAGAAUGCAACAAAGAUCCGAUGGGAGCCGAACAUUAUUGAUAUCCAAAGGGGAAAACUGAUUCAGAGCCACAACAAGACCACCAUAAUGAUCGAAGACUCGCUCUUGAUCAUAAUGCGUCAUGAAGAGAAGGGUAAAAGCCUUCUCUGGCCAAUCUUCAGUCAGGUCUCCAACGACCCAGUCGAAGGGCUUCUAGCUGUCAAACCGUUGGUCUACGAGAGCGUGUCUGCUCCGUCCGGGACAGUAACGGUCAGCGGCAAAACGUUCACGGUUUCAGAGAUCGACAUUUUCGACUACAGUGUGACAUCUGCGCCGAGAGUAAAGUGUUGGUUAACAUCUGCAGAGAAUGCCUUGGAGGGACGUCAGUUCGAUUUUCUUGUCACAAGUUUAUAAAUGAAUAAAUUAGAAAUGAUCUGCAAUGCCAUUCCUUAUUGCACUGUUGCGUUCCUCAGCUUCAGAGGCAUUGUCAUGUCAACUGUUGGAUAAGAAAUAAGAGUAGACAAACAUUUAAGACACAUU